GAACAAUACCCGAAGGAAGUUACUGUUCUGAGCAUGCGCCAGUCUUGUUGUGUCGUUUCCGCUUGCGUCCUUCUUCCUUUACGACCAGGUAAGGCGUGCGAGCUGCCUGGUUAGUUUAUGUCUGAUGCGUGAAAAGUUUUAAAAGGAACGUGAGAUGUCGUUAUCAACGGCGCGACCGCUUGUUACGGUGUACACCGACAAAAAUGAGUCCUCUGGAGAGACUAUUUCCCUGCCUGCUGUAUUCAAAGCACCUGUUCGGCCAGAUAUCGUAAAUUUCGUUCAUCAACAAGUCUCAAAGAACAGCAGACAGCCAUAUUGUGUGUCCAAGGAGGCUGGUCAUCAAACCUCUGCUGAAUCAUGGGGUACCGGACGUGCCGUUGCACGUAUCCCCCGUGUUCGUGGUGGUGGUACCCAUCGUUCUGGUCAGGGUGCCUUCGGUAACAUGUGUAGAGGAGGUCGCAUGUUUGCCCCAACCAAGCCCUGGAGACGUUGGCACCGUAAAAUCAAUGUUAACCAGAAGAGAUACGCUCUGGUUUCCGCUAUUGCUGCCUCCGGUGUCCCAGCUCUAGUACAAUCCAAGGGUCACAUGAUCCAGGAAGUUCCAGAGUUUCCCCUGGUAGUAUCCGACAAAAUCCAAGAGUAUAACAAAACCAAGCAAGCUGUUAUCUUCUUGAGGCGUAUGAAGGCAUGGAAUGACAUCCAAAAGGUCUAUAAAUCCCAGCGUUUCCGUGCUGGUAAGGGUAAAAUGCGUAACCGCAGACGCAUUCAACGCCGUGGACCUUUGAUCGUCUAUGGUGAAGACAAGGGUAUUCGCAAAGCGUUCCGUAACAUUCCUGGUGUAGACCUCAUGAACAUCAACAAAGUGAAUCUACUGAAACUGGCACCUGGUGGUCACGUUGGACGAUUCGUUAUCUGGACAAAAUCUGCCUUUGAUAAGCUGGACGCUCUCUACGGAACCUGGCGCAAGAAAUCCCAACUGAAAGCUGAUUACAACUUGCCAUUCCCCAAAAUGGCGAACACAGAUUUAUCGAGACUUCUGAAAUCCGAUGAAAUCCGCAAAGUCCUGAGAGCACCAAGAAAGAGGGUGGUACGCAGCGUGAAGAAACUGAACCCGUUGACCAACACUCGAGCCAUGUUGCGUCUGAACCCGUACGCAGCUGUGCUGAAACGCGCUGCCAUUUUGACCGCCAAGAGGCGCCAACAGGAGAGAGAUGUUAUUCUAGCCGAGAAGCGUGGACUGAAACUACCAAAGAGCACACCGGCAGUUAAGUCCAAGUUGCUGCAAGAGAGGCGCAGGAAACAGAUGUUGGUCCUGAAGGCGGCCAAGCCGGAAAAGGCAGAGAAAGCUGCGAAAAAGGCAGCGACCGGAACGGCUAAACCCGCGAAAGCAACGAAAGCUACGAAAGCUACGAAAGCUGAGAAGCCAGCGAAGCCCGCCGCGGAGCCUGCCGCGGAGCCCAAGAAGUAAAACCUUUUUAUCGACAACACGUUGUUGACCCACGAGCUUUAUUUGUUUUAAAUAAAAUAAUGGGAAGACAACUAUA